CUGCUGAUCCGGGCCAUGCACGACCUGCCCCCGGACUCGGGCACGCGGCGGGACUUGGCGGGUUGCGGCUGCCCCGCGGGAGCCCGGGCUCCGGGCCAGCCACCUCACCCCCGCGGCAGUACCGGCGGCGGAACUUGCGCUCCAGCCUGGGAGCUGGGAGAAGGCGACUGCCCUGGGCAGCAGGUGUCCCCGCCCGGAUCGCCUCGGAGGGAACCGGGGGGAGACCAGCUGCAGACUCGUCGGAUGCGGCUGCCCUGCAGCAGGAGCCUCGAGAGCCUCCGGGUGGGUGCGAGGCCGCCUCCCCUUCAGCGGUGGCCGAGCGACAGCUGGAUCAGGUGCGGCUCCCGCCGGGACCCGGGCGAGCCCUCGCCACGUGGAGGCAGGAUGGACGGCUGGAGCCCGGGCAGCGCAGGGGCCGCCGCGGCGCCCCCGGGACUCUCGCCGCCCUGCUCCCAGAACUCCGGCCGCCCUUCGGGUAGCCCUUUGAGCGAGCCCGCGGGGUCCUCAGUGAUGCGCGGCGGCCAAGGAGACCUCCCGGAGGGACCCCCUUGCCUCAAGCCGCCCGCGGUGACAGUGAAGAAACUGCAGAAGUGGAUGUACAAAGGACGCCUGCUGUCCCUGGGGAUGAAGGGUCGCGCCCGUGCUGGGACACCUUCCAAAGUCGCGGGAGCGCAGGCGGCCGCUGCGAACCGGGGCGCUUUGAAAGUGUGCGACAACCACGUCCUUUCGGUGUCUCCAGACCAAAGAAUAACGCUGACAGAUUUGCUCGAAAACGUUUAUGGGUCUUCAGUGAAGAGAAGGGAACUUGAAGAUCUGAAGGAUAAUAUUGAAUUCAGUGGUCAUAAGCCACUUAACAACAUCACUGUUUCAAAGAAACGCAGUUGGCUAUAUCAGAGUACCCUGAGAUCUCUGGAGGAAGAAAGUAAGAAAUGCCAAGAGAGAAGUCAUUUACCCAUCUCACCUGUCACUCCACCUAAACAUCAACUAUCUCAACCUCUCCUCAAAACGUCUGAAGAAUACUGUACAUAUAUGAUGUGUAAUACUGCGGAGUCCGCCUUAUCAAGAAACUGUUCUUUAGAUUGUAAUGAGGAAAAUGAUGCAGAUGAUGAAGGAGAAAUAUGGUACAACCCCAUUCCUGAGGAUGACGAGCUCAGUAUGUCGAGUACCUGGAGCUUUGGCGAGCCGCACUCUGCUGGUCAGAAGCUUCCGGCCGUCAGUUGGAGCACGGUGUCUGGCAGUGCUCUGAAAAAAGCAGAGCAACAUCCUGAAGACGCGUGUCACUCCUCCGAACACACAGGUGAUGCACACACUGUGCAGUCACGUGAAGUGCAUCCUAUGGAUCCCAUCCAUCCUACAGACUUUGGACAGCAGUGCAAGCCAAAGCUAGGACACAAGACACUAGAAAGUGUGGUGUUAGAGGAUAGUCCUACAUCAAAGUCUCCUUUUACAGGUCCUGGUAUCCUAGCUGCUACAAAUAGGACUGAAUUGGGAAUUACAGAACCAUCUUCUCCAAGCCCUAGCCCUGUAAAGAAAAGCAGUUCAAUUAAUUGGUCUUUACCAGAUAAAAUAAAAUCUCCACGGACUGUGAGGAAACUUUCUAUGAAGAUGAAAAAAUUGCCAGAAUUUAGCCGAAAACUGAGUGUUCGGGGAACCUUGAAUUAUGUGAAUAGUCCAGAUAAUACUCCUUCUUUGUCUAAAUGUAACUGUCAAGAAAUUCAUCAUACUGUUAUUCUGCCUGCUGGGAAUACAACCACAGUUGCAAAGAGAAAUGUUAUAAGCCGGUACCAUCUUGAUACCAGUGUAACUUCUCAGCACAGCUACCAGAAGAAAAGCGUUGUGAGUUCUAAGUAUUCCUGCAAAAGUGGUUAUCUCAGUGAUGGAGACUCACCUGAACUUGUAACUAAAUCUAGCAAGCAUGGCUCUGAAAACAAAUUUGGAAAAGGAAGAGAAAUAAUUCCAACUGCUUGUAACAAAAAUGAAAUAGACAUUGAUGCUUUUCGGCAUUACAGUUUUUCUGAUCAGCCUAAGUGUUCGCAGUAUAUAUCUGGCCUCAUGAGUGUGCAUUUCUAUGGUGCUGAGGAUUUAAAACCACCCCGGGUAGACUCGAAAGAUGUCUUUUGUGCAAUUCAGGUAGAUUCAGUGAACAAGGCAAGGACAGCUUUACUCACAUGUCGAACAACAUUUUUGGACAUGGAUCACACUUUCAACAUAGAAAUUGAAAAUGCACAGCAUUUGAAACUAGUGGUAUUUAGUUGGGAACCUACUCCAAGAAGAAACCGAGUGUGUUGCCAUGGAACUGUUGUCCUGCCCACCUUAUUCAGAGUGACAAAGACACAUCAAUUGGCAGUUAAAUUGGAACCUAGAGGUCUUAUUUAUGUGAAAGUGACUCUUAUGGAACAAUGGGAUAAUUCUCUUCAUGGACUGGAUCAGAACCGAGAAUCAGUAAUAUUUGGUGUUGAUAUUCGCAAAGUUGUGGAAAAAGAAAAUGUAGGACUGAUGGUGCCACUUCUGAUACAGAAAUGUAUCAUGGAAAUUGAAAAGAGGGGCUGUCAGGUAGUAGGCCUGUAUCGGUUAUGUGGUUCGGCAGCAGUCAAGAAAGAACUUCGAGAGGCUUUUGAGAGGGAUAGCAAAGCUGUUGGUUUGUGUGAAAAAGAGUACCCAGAUAUAAAUGUAAUCACAGGUGUUCUUAAGGAUUACCUUAGAGAACUUCCUUCUCCUCUGAUAACAAAGCAGCUUUAUGAGGCUGUGUUAGAAGCAAUGGCAAAAAGCCCUUUGAAAAUGUCAUCGAAUGGUUGUGAGAAUGACCCAAGUGACUCUAAGUACACUGUAGACCUACUGGAUUACCUGCCGGAUGUUGAGAAGGCAACCCUAAAGAUGUUGUUGGAUCACUUGAAACUUGUGGCUUCUUUCCAUGAAGUGAAUAAAAUGACCUGCCAGAAUUUGGCUGUGUGCUUCGGACCAGUGUUGUUAAGUCAGAGGCAAGAGACUUCCACCCAUAACAAUAGAGUCUUUACUGAUUCAGAAGAACUUGCAAGUGCUUUGGAUUUUAAAAAACAUAUUGAAGUUCUUCAUUAUUUACUACAACUUUGGCCAGUGCAACGUUUAACUGCCAAAGAAUCAACAGACCAUUUGUUCCCUGAGCAGACGUCUUCUCUGCAUUAUUUGAGGCGGAAGAAAGAGCGGCCUUACAUGUUAAAUCUGAGUGGAACUGAAUCGCUGGGAGUCCUCAGGCCAAGGCAAGCCAGAUUAGACAGUCCGCUUAGCAAUCGCUAUGCAGGAGACUGGAGCAGCUGUGGAGAAAACUAUUUUUUAAAUACAAAGGAAAAUUCAAGUGAUGCAGAUUAUGAUCAUGUGCCUUCAGAUGAAAGGGAAAUUGCAGAAGACUAUGGCAAAAUGAAUGGACCUGAGAUAAUGAUUGAACAGCCGGUUUCCAUGCCCAAAGAGUGUGCAUUUCAGACGUAUUUGACAGUACAGACCAUUGAGUCCACAGUGGAUCGAAAAGCCAACCUCAAAGAUCUACAAGAAAGCAUUGAUAUUUUGAUUGGCAAUCUGGAACGUGAACUCAACAAGAACAAACUUAAUAUAAGUGUUUGAGAUUGAUGGGGUUUUAUUUAUUUGUUUUUUUUAAAUAAUAUCUUUAAAAUU